AUGGUUGGCUGGUACGCUUUAGGAGUCGCGCUCUUUGCUGCGAUAGGAACUUUUCUCUUUGGGUUUGAUACGGGAAUUGCCACCACAACAAUCGCCCAUGAAAGCUGGAUUGAGUACAUGGGCCACCCCUCAGAGGGACUGACGGGCGCGGUCGUCGCCGUUUAUAUCGCCGGCGAAGCAGUCGGCGCCCUCUUCCAAACCGCGGUCGCUGAUAAAUUAGGGCGUCUGCGUUUCAUGGAACUGAUGUGUAUAAUCGUCACAAUUGGAACUACAAUUCAGACAGCCUCAGUCAACAUCGGGAUGUUUCUCGCUGGGCGUGCUUUGGCCGGAAUUGCCGUUGGCGGCAUGGUUGGCACGGUUCCCAUUUAUCUCAGCGAGAUCUCGGACCCUCGGUAUCGCGGUCUCAUCGGAGGAAUCUCAGGUUGCGGUAUCGCUUUUGGAACCAUGGCUUCAAAUUGGGUUGGAUAUGCUUGUAGCUUCGCUCCAUAUGGAGCUGUACAAUGGCGCCUGCCCCUUGCCAUCCAGAUACCCUGGGGCAUCAUCAUGUUCACCGGCUUGGUUACCUUUAUGCCAAAUUCACCGCGUUACCUGGUCCGAAACGGAAAGGUGGAGGCUGCGCGCAAUGAGUUCAGCCGAAUCCGCCGUGAUCUCAACUCGCAUGAGCUGCGCCAGGAAUUUUCCCAGAUGCUGGCACAGAUCGAGUAUGAGAAGGAGCGCGAGAUCACCUCUUACAAGGAGAUCUUCAGGCUUUUCAGGCACCGUGCUUUGGUAUCGAUUGCUGUUCAGACUAUGACCAGUCUUACUGGUGUCAACGUGAUUCAGUAUUAUCAAACUAUCCUAUACAAGUCUCUCGGUAUCGAACCCCACACCAUUCUCGCCCUAGCAGCAGUCUACGGCACCGUGGCCUUUCUCACCAAUGCCCUCACUACAAAAUACCUAACCGAUCAAUGGGGUCGCCGAAAGAUGAUCCUUACUGGUCUAGGAGGAAUCAUCAUCGUCGAGAUUUAUGCUGCUGUUAUGCAGCGAGAAUUCCAGAACACGGAUAAUCGUAUCGGCAAAGGGUUCGCUAUUCUUGGAAUCUAUCUUUUCGUGGUGAUUUACUACGGUAUGCUUAACAGCACAACAUGGCUCUAUGGCGCUGAAGUCCUUCCCAUCGGGCUCCGAAGCAAGAUCAUGGGAUUGGCCGCUGCAUCCCACUUUAUUGUUAAUGUUGCCAUCACCGAAGCCGGUCCUAGCGCAUUCGCCAAUAUCCACGAGAACUACUACUACGUGUUUGUCGCGUGUACGCUAUUCUUCCUCGUCGUGGCUUAUUUCUAUUUCCCUGAGACUAAAAUGAAGACCCUUGAGGAAAUUGCCGCCUCGUUUGGUGAUAGGGUUAUCGAUGCCGACGAGGUAGAUCCCGAUGUCAAGCCCGCGGCGCAGGUUGUUCAUCAGGAGUAG